AUGAAUAUUAAUCAAACUUAAUUUAGUUUUGAGAAUGAAAAGCUGAAAAUAAAAAUCAAGUACCUAGAGGAUUUUAUUGAAAAUUCUAAUAAUUAUGAAAAAACUAAUUAGCUCUUUGAUCUCAAACAAUUUCUAUCCAAAAAUUAUAAAAGAUUCAGCAUGUUAUUAGAUGAGAUCUACUAUUUGAAAUAGUAAGUUGAAGGAGAGCAGAUGCAAAGGAUUAGUGAGGCUUAGAAACUGUAAGCAGAAAUCAAUUCACUCAGAAUGACAACUGGCUCACUUUAACAAUAAUUGACUUAAUCUUAACUUUAACUAUAAUAAUAAUAACAAUAACAAAUUGAAGAAAGUGAACCUGAUAUUUAUAGAGGAUCUUUGAAUCCAAUUUAAAGAUUAGAACAAAUAGAAAACCUUGAAAAUACUAUCAAAUAAUUAUCAGAUGAAAUAGAAGAAAUUACUCAACUCAAUAUCAAAUAAAGAGAGUAGUUAAAAAAGAAAGACUUUUUUAGAGAAUAUGAAUUGAUGUGCAAAGAAACAGAAGGAUUACGCUAACAAAAUGCAAAAUUGUUAGAAUAAUUAAAAUCUGGCAAUUCUAACAGAACGAAUACUAAUCCAUAAAACCAAGGAAAUAUGAAUGGAUUUUGA